AUGCGUCUUUCUCUUGGCCUCUGUGCAGCACUACUGCUCCCUGCUUCUGCUGCCCCAGGUGAAAGCCUUGAAGCACGAAGUGUCAAGGUACAAGCCAGCAGCGUCCUAAGCUCGCUUGGACUCACGGUUGCAACCACUGCUCCUCAACACGGAAAGACUGCCAAGUACCAAAAGCAAUGUCCCUUCAGCGUACCCCAUGUCAAGCCCCAUGACACACGGCAUAACCAUGACAUCUCUUUCCCGAAAGGAUGUGAGGACGACAAGUUCAUCAACUGGAAGACCUUCAAGUCCAAUGGUGUAAACUUGGGUGCUUGGCUGGCAAAGGAAAGGACCCAUGACCCUAUUUGGUGGAGUUCUUUUGGUACUAAAGCUGCCAAUACGCCUGAUGAAUGGAGCUUUUGCCAGGCCCUCGGCAAGCAAUGCGGUCCUGUCUUGGAGGCCCGUUAUGCCUCUUUCUUGAACCAAUCCACUAUCGAUAAUCUUGCCAAGGUCGGAAUCAACACUCUCCGCAUCACCACCACAUAUGCUGCCUGGGUCAAGGUGCCCGGAUCUGCUUUCUACCAUGGCAACCAGCAGCUACAUCUGCGCAAGAUUACUGAAUAUGCCAUCACCAAGUACAACAUGCAUAUCAUCAUCGGCCUUCAUUCUUUGCCCGGUGGUACCAACAGUCUCGAUAUCGGCGAAGCCUUUGGCCAUAAUGGCUGGUUCUAUAACGCUACGAACCUUGCUUAUAGUCUCAAGGCUGUUGACCAAGUCCUCAACUUUGUCAAGUCAAGUGGACACAAGAACGCCUUUACCAUCGCGCCCCUGAACGAAGUCAGUGACAACCUGGCAGGAUUUGGAUCAGCGGCUGGCCUAUCUGACAAGGCUACUAACUGGGUAAUCACCUAUAUGAACGGCGUGUUCAAGCGUGUCGAGGCUGUCGAUAAGCGUAUUCCAGUCAUGCUGCAGGACAACUUUAAGGGUGCUUCCUUCUGGUCUCCUCUUUUCGAUAAGAAGCGCAACCUUGUGAUUGACUCACACGUCUACUAUUUCGCAGCGUCAGGAACUUAUUCUCAGUUUGUCGCGCCUGCUGUGUGCGGACAGGCGAAGUACCUUGCCGAGGAAACAAAGUUUCCUGUGUUUGUCGGAGAAUGGUCUUUACAAACCAUGUACAACAACACUUUGUCUGUACCCAGCCGCAAGACUAUCUUUGAUACUCAACGGUAUGCUUGGCAAAAGUACGUCGCUGGAGGUGCCUUCUGGACAGCUGUCUCUUACUCCAAUACUCCCGUUGAUGGUCAAGGAACUCAGAGAGAUUACUGGAGUUACAUCGAUCUGAUUCGAGCUGGAGUCAUUACCAAGGCCACUACCAAGAGUUAUUGCUAA